GUUUCUCUCUAUAAUUUUGGUCAAACUUUGAGAUGAUUUGACUCUCCAAAUUUUUUUGAAUAACUUAUAAUUUAGAACGGAAGGAGUACUAUUAUGUGUGUUCAAUAGUUUUUUUUAACACGUGCGGCACACGUGCAUAUCUGCUAGUAUAAAAAAAGGACACGAACUUUUGUGCUGCGAAUAACUUGUAGUUUUUCUGCUUCAUAUUUCCUCCUUUUGAAGCCUUUUUGUCAAACCAUCUAGAAUUCUAGAUGACCACUCUAACAAAAAAUAGAGAAAUUCUAAAAAUUUUCAUAAAAAAUAGAAACAUAAAUCUGGCAACUUUAAUCAUAACACCUAUUGGAUCUAUUAUUUUCUCUAAUAAAUUUUCCACUUCUACUAUUAUAAAAAUAGGCUAAAGUAAACCUCUAAAUAUUUAUCUAAAUUACUCACAUCUACCAUUAUAAAAAUAAUCUAAAUUAACAUCUAAUCUUUAUUAAAAAAUAACUCCCUAAGUUUGUAUAUAAAUUAUCUAAUUAUAUCAUUAUUAAAAAUUAAAGUAGCUCUGAGUUAUAUAAUUAUAGCAAAGUUUUAAAGUGCACCAAUAUAAAAUUUUAAAUUACUACAUCUAUCAUUAUUAAUAUAUUAUUUAUAUAAAAACGCUACCUAUGGUGCGUGUUAUGGGCGGGGAAGAUUUAAAAAUACAAUGUUUAUAUUAUUCACAUGGCUUAAACAGAUAGUCAAUUAAAUACAUAUCAAAUAUAUAUGAAGGUGUCAUACAAAGUUGAAAAACAUUGUUACUACAUAAACAUAUCACAAUUAUAUUACAACUAGUAAAUGAUAAGCAUGUAUCUUUAGAGUAUUGUAUGUUAGAAUAUUUAAUAGAUAAAAGCGAGUAUGGGAUAGAUAAUUAUAAUUAUUAGUUAUAAAUCUAUUUUUUAUGUUAAUUCUAAUUAGUCUGUGCUCCAACAAGCUAGUUAGGCCGCUUUAAGUGAUACUCAAAUAGGUAAGAGAAGAUUUAAGCGUCACUCUAUACACUGCAGCGUGCGAAGCUAAGUCCAAGUGAUACCCAAAAAGAUGGAGCGGGACAACUACUUGCACCAGUGCCCUGUUAUUAAAUAAUGAUACUUUGUACUUGAAAUCAGGGUUCACCAAACCGGUGGGAAACCGGUCCGGUUUGACCGGUUACCGGUCAGACCGGUCCGGACCGGUUCCGGUUUCGGCCGGUACCCAACUGGCCAAAAUUCUAAAAGUGUGUCAUUUAGGUCCAUAAACUCUAAAAGUGCAUUUUAGAUCCAUCAACUUGUAAUUCGUGUCACUUAGAUCCAUAAACUAUGAAAGUGCAUUUUUAGGUCCUUAAACAUGUAAUUUGUAUCACCUAGAUUCAUAAACUCUGAAAGUGCAUUUUUAAGUUCAUGAACUUUAUCCAUAUUACAGGGUUAUUUCUUAAUCUAAGCUCCAGAACUUACCGGUGGCAGUCCGGAAGACUCCUUUGAAUCCCAAUAUAUGUCAAUAACCUCCAAAAAUAAGUCUUUCAUCCCUCCUGCCCCCUUAUGCACUUAAUUUGAAAUUGGGGCUCAAAAUUCACCAUUCUGACGAAACUCCAGUAAUAUGUGGGAACCGUGUAGAUUCAUGUUGGUGCGAUAUCAGUACAUGAAACCUAGGUGGAGGGGUAUGGACCUAGGUGACAUGAAUUAUAAGUUUAUGGACCUAGGAAUGAACUUUCAGAGUUUGUGGACCUAACUGACACAAAUUACAAGUUUAUGGAUCCAGAAAUAUAAUUUUGAAGUUGAUGGAUCUAAGUGAUACUAUGGAUCUCAGAUGCAUUUUACUCUUUUCUCUAUUUCGAAGCCCAUCUAUCUUAUAGCGCUGUGCAGCAUUUAUGUGCUUCCCAAAAGAACCUGUUCAUAUGACGGGAGGGAUAAACCUAAAUUUGACUCAUUUUGACAAAUCAACGAUAUCAUUAGCUAAUCUGUGGGGGAAAAAAUGAUAGGAAAACCAGACCUCACAACGACGAACCACGAGCUUUACCCCAUUGUAAAUUGAAACGAGAGAAACUCCUGCUACCAAAAUAGAAGCUUAGGCGUUUCUGAGACCCUAAAUCUGCUCCCAUCCACAAAUAUUUUAGACAACCAUCCCCUACAAAAUCUCGAUCCCUCCUACCUCAUCAAGGGAUCAUUCUUGUAAUAUUGUUGCAAAUACACCGGCCCUUUCUCUCUCGCUAGCUUGUGACGGUUGGCGCGAGCAUGGAGAAGGUGAGCUCCGCGAGGCUGGCCGCGGCGGCCGUGGUGGUGGCGCUGUGCCUGCUGCUGGCGCCGGCGCAGCAGGCCGCCGGCGUGGAGUACAUGACGUACCCGCCCAACAUGAUCCACUGCAAGGUGCUCGGCAACUGCGAGAAGUACGCCGGCCCCGACGCCACCCGCCCCGGGAAGCCGGCCAACAGCUACACCCGCGGCUGCCGCGCCAUCGACAGGUGCCGCGGCUGAGCAUCUCUAAACCACCAGGGGUGCGCGGCCGCGCGGAUCAAUCCAUUUCUGCGCCCGAUCCAACUGAUUCUCGCUUGCUUCCUGCGUGCUGUACCUAAAAAUGAUUGUACACCGCGUAUAUAUACGCUACACAGUAUAUACUAACUCUGACAAGCUGCUGUGAUCGUCUAUAUACAUGUUGGGACCGUCACCACAAGCGACGUGUCGAUCUUUACUGCGACGUGCCGAUCGAGAGCGUAAGUCUUUUAAAUAGGACAAGAUCGUAUUCAGUUUCAGUCAUGCAGAAGGGGCAAUAAAUAAAACUUUGGGACACAGUUCGAUUUCAAGAUAACAGGGGCUGACCUCUCAUAUUUAUACUGGGCUCAAGGCUACAGCAAGGAGACGUCCAGUCGUGCAGGCACCAGAGAGGUGCUACCUUCAUCGUACCAUAACUAGUGGACAGAGACGCAAAAUGAAACACACACUACCGUCGUGUCCAAGGGCGAUGGCUACAAUGCAGAGACCAAAAUUUUGUAGCCUUUGGCCGUCACCUACAUACUUCAUCUACACCCUUGCAGCAGCUAGAGCAGCUAGCCAGACUACGGCUACGGCUAGCUGUUAUUGUACUAAUAGUAGUAUAUUGGAGUACAUACUACAGAGUAAGCUA